CUUCCGCCGGUUUGGCGGGCUCGACAGCAGAAAAUGGCCGUUGUCUAACAGAAGCGGCAGGCGAUUCUAAUUUGUUAGGCUUCGGCGUUUCCUCCUUGUCAUUUUCGUCCGAAGCACCGUUUUGAAUGCCCUAGUUCGUGUCUCUCCAACGCGAGUUCGUACAGGGAUGGCGACGAGCGAGGGAUCCGGCGACGGGCUGCUAGGAGCGCCGGCUCAGAACGGCGCCCCAAACAAAGGGGGGCCUAUGUCAAUCGAACGCAUCUACCAGAAGAAAACUCAGCUGGAACAUGUUUUGCUUCGCCCGGACACUUACAUCGGUUCCGUUGAACCCAUUACCCAGAAUAUGUGGGUUUACGACGGUGAAGAAGUGGGCAUGAAGAACCGGCCUAUAACGUUCGUGCCCGGUUUGUACAAGAUAUUCGAUGAAAUCCUCGUCAAUGCCGCCGACAACAAGCAGCGUGACCCCAAGAUGGACCGGAUUGACGUGGAGAUUGACCCCGAAACGAACAUGAUAAGCAUUUGGAAUAACGGUAAAGGAAUCCCGGUGGUAGAACACAAAGACGAAAAAAUGUACGUACCUACCUUGAUCUUUGGCCACCUUCUGACUUCGUCCAACUAUAACGACGACGAGAAAAAAGUGACAGGAGGUCGAAACGGAUUUGGAGCAAAGCUGUGCAACAUCUUCAGCACGAAGUUCACCGUAGAGACGUGCUCAAAGGCUGAGAGGCUCGCUUUCAGUCAGACAUGGGAGAACAACAUGACAAAGACGAGUAAGCCCAAGUUGAAGCCGAAGGACACCGGGGACGACUUCACAAAAAUCACGUUCUAUCCCGACCUGCCCAAGUUUAAGAUGGAAAAGUUGGACCCAGACAUGGUGGCACUGAUGUCACGGCGAGCUUUCGACUUAGCCGGAACCACGAGGGGCGUCAAGGUGUUCCUCAACAAGAAGAAGCUUCCGGUGAAAGGGUUCAAAGAAUACGUGCAGCUCUUUCUCAAGGACAAGGAGGAUGAGCAGGGAAAGCCCAUCAUUCCAAUUUAUGAGAGCGUUAACGAUAGGUGGGAAGUCGCGGUCGCCCUGAGUGACAGCGGAGACUUCCAGCAGAUGAGCUUCGUGAACAGCAUAGCCACCACUAAGGGCGGCACGCACGUGGACUAUGUGUCGGACCACGUGGUCAAGAAGGUCCAGGAGAUGGUCAAGAAGAAGAACAAAGCCGGGGUGAAGAUCCAGAACAAGCAAGUGAAGGACCAUAUGUGGGUUUUCAUCAACUGUCUCAUUGAGAAUCCGACGUUCGACUCUCAGACCAAGGAGAACAUGACCCUGCAAGUAAAGAGCUUCGGCUCCAAGUGCGACCCGAGCGAGAAGUUUUACACGCAAGUCCUCAAGUGCGGCAUCGUCGAGGCAGUCAUGUCCUGGCUGGCCUUCAAGGCGCAGAAACAGCUGGGCCAGAAGUGCAGCUCCAAAAAGCACUCCAAGCUCAAGGGGAUCCCCAAGCUGGAGGACGCCAACGACGCCGGCACGCGCAACUCCAUCGACUGCACCCUCAUCCUGACGGAGGGGGACUCGGCCAAGACGCUGGCCGUGUCGGGGCUCGCCGUCGUGGGGAGGGACAAGUUCGGGGUCUUUCCGCUCCGCGGGAAGAUGCUCAACGUCCGCGAGGCGUCCCACAAGCAGAUCCUGGAGAACGCCGAGAUCAACAACCUCAUCAAGAUCCUGGGGCUGCAGUACAAGAAGAAGUACGAGACGGAGGACGACCUGCGCACACUCCGCUACGGUCGGCUCAUGAUCAUGACCGAUCAGGACCAGGACGGGUCCCACAUCAAGGGCCUCCUCAUCAACUUCAUCCACCACAACUGGCCGUCCCUCCUGAGGCUUCCGUUCCUGGAGGAAUUCAUCACGCCGAUUGUGAAGGCCAGCAAGGGGAAGACUGAGCUCUCUUUCUAUUCGCUGCCAGAGUUUGAAGAGUGGAAGGCGGCCACGGAAGACUGGCAACGUUGGAGAGUAAAGUACUACAAAGGUUUGGGUACCAGCACCGCCAAAGAGGCAAAGGAGUACUUCUCCGACAUGCUCCGCCAUCGCAUCCGUUUCCGGUACCAGGGCGGAGAGGACGAUCGUGCCAUCGAAUUGGCCUUCAGCAAGAAGAUGGUGGAUCAGCGGAAGGAGUGGCUCCGCAGCGGAAUGGAGGAACGCAAACAACGUAGAGAGCUGGGCCUACCUGAAGUGUACCUGUACGGCAAGGAGACCAAGGCCGUCACUUUUGAAGACUUCGUCAACAAGGAGCUCAUCCUCUACAGCAACAUGGACAACGAGCGAUCCAUUCCGUCACUCGUGGACGGCCUCAAACCGGGACAGCGUAAAGUGCUGUUCACGUGCUUCAAGAGAAACCUGAAGCGUGAGAUCAAAGUUGCCCAGCUGGCCGGUUCCGUCGCGGAGCACUCUGCAUACCAUCACGGCGAGGUGUCUCUCAUGGCCACAAUCAUCAACUUGGCACAGAAUUUUGUGGGCAGCAACAACAUCAACCUCCUGCUGCCCAUUGGUCAGUUUGGUACGCGUCUGCAAGGUGGCAAAGAUGCCGCCAGCCCCCGAUACAUCUUCACCAUGCCCAGUCCCAUCGCGCGAUGCGUCAUGCCAUCCUUCGACGAUCCCAUCCUGCACUACCUGUUCGACGACAACCUCCGUAUCGAACCGGAGUUCUACAUCCCGAUCCUUCCCAUGGUACUCGUGAAUGGGGCGGAAGGGAUCGGGACGGGUUGGAGCACGAAAGUGCCCAACUACAACCCCCGAGCGAUCGUCGCCAACAUUCGGCGCAUGCUCGCAGGCGAGGAACCGCAGCCCAUGAAGCCCUGGUUCAAGAACUUCCGCGGCACCAUCGACCAAGUGGAGUCUCAGAAAUUCCUCAUCAGCGGAGAAGUGUCGCUGCUCAGCUCGACCACCAUCGAGAUAACGGAACUUCCCGUUCGCACGUGGACGCAGACAUACAAGGAGCAGGUGCUGGAGACGAUGCUCCACGGGUCGGAAAAGGUUCCGGCCCUGAUCACAGACUACAAGGAAUACCACACGGACACCACGGUCCGCUUCGUGGUCACGAUGACCGAAGAGAAGUUGUCGCGCGCUCGAGACGAAGGGCUCCACAAGGUGUUCAAGUUGCAGACGACGCUGUCGACGUCCUGCAUGGUACUGUUCGAUUCCAACGGUGUCCUCAGCUCGUACAGCACACCGGAUGAGAUUCUGCGAGAGUUUUUCACGACCCGUCUGGAGGCCUACAAGAAGCGAAAGGCUUACAUGAUGGGCCUUCUCGAGGCAGAAACGAAGAAGCUGGAGAACCAGGCCCGCUUCAUCCUGGAGAAGAUCGAGGGGGUCGUCAAGGUCGAGAACCGCAGGAAGGUAGAAAUGAUAAGAACCCUCGUGGACCGCGGCUACGACGCGGACCCGUUGAUAGAGUGGAAGAAGCAGCUCAAACAGAAACAGGGAGAAGAGGAAGAAGAACAGGACGACGGGGCAGAGUCCCAAGGAGAGGAGGAGCGGGACGAAAGUGCCGAGAGCUACAACUACCUUCUGGGCAUGCCCCUGUGGAGCCUGACACGGGAAAGGAAAGAGGACCUCUUGAAAAAGCGAGACGAAAAGCGCGCGGAGCUCGAAGCCCUCCGCAAGAAGUCCCCCGAGCACCUGUGGGAGGAGGACCUCACCGCUUUCGAGGCAAAGCUGGACGAGGUCGAGAAGCAGGAGAGGGAAGACGAGACGAGCACCGUCAAGACCGUCGUCAAGACGGGAAAAGGUCGGGCGAAAUCCGCCAAGAACACGUCGGAAGAAACUAAGCCGGCCGUCGAUGGGGAACGCGUCAUUCCCAAGGUGGACUGGGAGGCGAAGAAGAAAGCCCCAGCCGGUACGGCGGGCAAAGGUCGACAAAAGAAGAGCGAGGACGGCGGAGUCAAGACGGAGGCCGGCGACAGCCCCGGCGGCGAGAAACCCGAGAAGGCGCCGCGUAAGCGUAAGCCCGCCACUCCCAAGUCGGACAAGAAAAGGUCCCCUACGAAGAAGAGGAAUCCCUGGUCGGAGGAUUCCGACUCCGACGAGGUCGACGACUUCUCAUUCUCCGAGGGUGAGGACGAAGACGAUGUGGUCCCCGCGAGGGCGCCACAGAAGAAGCGGGUGCAGAGCGACGAAGAACCGAUGGUUAUCGAAGACAAAGGCAGCGACGAGGACGUCCCGCAGCAGAACGGAAAAGAGAAAAGCAUGUUUGACAGCGACAGCGAUGUCGAGUUGGUUCCUCUCUCGAAGCGAGUGAGCGGCGGCGGCGAAGAAGCGUUUGACUCCCUCUUCGACGGAGACAAGAAAGAAGAGAGCAAGCCGAAACCAGCACCUAAACCCGCACCCAAAGCAGCAACGGCAGCAGCAGCACCCAAGCCCAAGAAGCCAGCCAAGAAGGCAUUAGACAGCGACGACGAAGUGUCCGAGGAAGAAUUCAAGCCCAAGCCCAAAAAAGCCACCGGGGGUGCAGGCAGGGGGCGGAAGAAGAAGAACGAUUCGGACGGGGAGAAGCCCAAGCAGAGCAAGGCCAAGAAGGCAAAACGCGCCGCGGAUUCCUCGGACGAGGACGACAACUUUGACGACAUGGACGCCGCCCCAGCGUUUUCCCGCACGACGACGGGUCGCACACGCGCUCCCGUCAAAUAUAACUUUGGCAGCGACUCCGAGGAGGACUGAUCGUCGGACGCGCCGUCUCGUCUUCAGUUUAGUUUUGUGGUGAAGUUAUUAUUGUUAUUUAUGUGCUCUUUUCACCGUCAUUGUAUUCUGAGAGAGGCGUCAUGAAGGACUAUGAUGUGUCGAGGUGGUAAUCGCGCAUUUUAUCUUGUAAAACAAAGAAACUGGAGUUUUAUCCUCCUUCUCUCGCUUAGUUUUAUCACGAGCCACUUUUAGUUUUUAACAUAAGCCACAAACUAAGUUAUCGGUGUUUCGUCUGUCGUAUGUUAAUAAAAGCAAGUAUGUGUCCCGUA